UGAUCGAGAAAUCAAAUUUGAACCGCCAUCUCUCUACAAAAUUCCCAUCUCCCUCCUUUUAUCCUUUAUAUCCUCCAAAGCGGCUAAACCUCAUUACCCCGAUUUCAAAUUUGUAGAUCGCAGUAACUGUUUUAGGUUUCCUUUCUCUCUCCUCCUUUUUUUUUCUUGCUCACUCCAAAUUUUCUUGAAACCACUGUAUUUUCUUUUCAAUUCACCAAGUCCAAAUUUCAAUCUAAAAAAUUAGGGUUUUCCCUCUCCAUUUUUCGUUCCCGUUGACUUCAAUUUCCUCCAAUUUAAUGUCAGCGUCGACGGUUUCCGUGUCAGCGAACCCUCGCCGGAGGACAUCGGUAGUUUCCGACGUGAAGCGGAGCAUCGAGAUUGUUAACGAUGCCGCAAAUUCCCCUAAUUUCGACAAAAAUGUCGCUGGUGAUGCAGGAGGUGAUAAAGUUACCAGCGCUAACAAAGAUCUGAGUCAUUCGAUUAGAGGGGAAGCGGUUCUUGAAAGAUCGAAGGACAAGAAGUCAUCCCAAUUGCCUAAUAAUAAUGCCCCCACUCGAACCCGGAAUCGAAAGGUGAUGUCAGCGGUUCACAGGCCUCCCAAACCCCGGUGGGUGACGGUAAUGAGUGUUCUUCUUAAGAAUAUGUCGGUGCUGCUUGUCUUAGCAGGGUUUGUUCAAAUGUUUAAGAGUUUCGUGGUUAAUUCUGGGAAUGUGGUUGAUUCGGGUAGUUUGUUGGGGUUUUCAGAUAUGGAGGGUCGAAUUGCGGGGGUUGAAUCGUCGCUUAAAACAACUUCAAAGAUGCUACAGGUUCAAGUGGAGGUUGUUGAUAAGAAGAUUGAGAGUGAGGUUGGGAAUUUGAGGAGAGAGAUGAAUAGGAAAAUAGAGGAUAAAGGUGUAGAGAUUGGUGUUCAAUUGAGGAAAUUGGAAGAGAAGAGUGAUAGUUUGGAGAUGGGUUUGGUUGAUUUGAGAUCAAAGGAGUUGUUAACGAAAGAUGAUGUGGUGAAGUUGUAUGAUGAGUUGAAGAAAGGCGAAGCGGGUGGGAAUGUUGGGGUAAGUUUUGAUGAAAUCAGGGGUUUGGCGAGGGAGAUAGUUGAGAAGGAAAUUGAGAAACAUGCCGCUGAUGGACUUGGAAGUGUUGAUUAUGCUUUAGCCAGUGCUGGUGCCAGGGUCUUGAGUCAUUCGGAACCAUUAGAGGGUUUUGGGAAUGCAGGUAUUUGGUUCCAGAACAAGAAUGGAGUUUCCCGUAAGGCUGUUAAAAUGUUGACCCCCAGCUUCGGAGAGCCGGGGGAGUGUUUCCCACUGAAAGGUGACAGCGGCUUUGUUGUAAUCCGGUUAAAGGAUGUCAUUGUUCCUGAGGCUAUUACACUCGAACAUGUUGCCAAGAGUGUGGCCUAUGACCGGUCGAGUGCUCCAAAACGUUGUCGGGUCUCUGGUUGGUUCCAAGGUCAUGAGACAGAAAGUGUUGAUAAGGAGAAAAUUGUUCUGACAGAGUUUAUAUAUGAUCUGGAGAAGAGCAAUGCACAAACCUUCAAUGUGGUUGAUGAGGCAAGAUCAUCUGUUAUUGACACUGUUAAGUUUGAGGUGAGCUCCAAUCACGGACAUUUUGGAUAUACAUGCAUAUAUCGGCUGAGAGUGCAUGGCCAUGAACCCGAAUCAGUCCCGGUGGUGCCUAUUGAUUAUUGAGCUGCAUGCCUCUGUCUUUGUAAUUGUUGGUUGCUCUUUCUCGCUCGUUGUGUUUUUAAUACUUAGUGUUGUAUGCAUUUGAUGGCUUAGUGGUAGUUUGUUUCAUGGUAUGGUCGUCUCACCUUUUAUUAAUUUAGGCAUGCUAGAUAGUGAAGGUUCCCUUGCAUAUGCGAAUCAUCAUAUGUAUCUCCGUUUUCAGCAAAAUGCAUUAUACUAGAGUUUACUCUUAUAUAGGCUGGCUGGGGGAUUUGAGCUGUUAUAAAUAUUCUCAUCCCAGUUGAAAUGGGUGACGCAUUGUAUUCAGGUUGAACAUUUGCCACAAUUAGACGUGAAUAUCACUUGUUCUGUUCAUAACUCAUUUAUUAAAGAUUUGGUAAUUCUUUCGUCGUA